UUUUAUUUCAAUAUUUUCACCACUUCUUUUAUUAUUGUUGAGUGUUAUUUCUUCCAUAAGCAAUCAAUCACUUUGUUUCAUUUAUCUAUAAAAGGCCCUCUUCAUAGUCAUCUAAAAUAAUCACAUCUUGAGUCUCUUAUCUUUCAAAAUGAAGAAGUUGUUUCUAGUUCUUUUCACCUUAGCUUUGGUACUUAGGCUCGGGGAGAGUUUCGAUUUCCACGAGAAAGAAUUAGAGACUGAGGAAAAAUUCUGGGAGUUGUAUGAGAGAUGGAGAAGCCAUCACACCGUAUCGAGGAGCCUUGACGAGAAACACAAGAGGUUUAAUGUGUUUAAGGCUAAUGUUCAUUAUGUUCACAACUUCAACAAGAAGGAUAAGCCUUAUAAGUUGAAACUGAAUAAGUUUGCAGACAUGACUAACCAUGAAUUCAGACAGCAUUAUGCUGGUUCUAAGAUUAAGCAUCAUCGUACUUUGCUUGGAGCUUCACGAGCAAAUGGAACUUUCAUGUACGCCAACGAGGAUAAUGUCCCUCCUUCUAUUGACUGGAGGAAGAAAGGUGCUGUCACUCCUGUCAAAGAUCAAGGCCAGUGUGGAAGUUGCUGGGCAUUUUCAACUGUGGUUGCGGUAGAGGGGAUAAACCAAAUCAAAACAAAGAAAUUAGUAUCUUUGUCGGAGCAAGAACUUGUUGACUGUGACACUACAGAAAACCAAGGAUGCAAUGGAGGAUUGAUGGACCCGGCAUUUGACUUCAUCAAGAAGAGGGGCGGCAUCACAACAGAGGAGAGGUAUCCUUAUAAGGCUGAAGAUGACAAGUGUGACAUUCAAAAGAGGAAUACUCCGGUGGUUUCAAUUGACGGACACGAGGAUGUUCCUCCUAAUGAUGAGGAUGCACUGCUUAAAGCAGUAGCCAACCAGCCUAUUUCUGUAGCUAUAGACGCUUCAGGUUCUCAGUUCCAGUUCUACUCUGAGGGCGUAUUCACCGGAGAAUGUGGUACUGAGUUGGACCAUGGUGUGGCUAUUGUGGGGUAUGGCACAACCGUCGAUGGAACCAAAUACUGGAUUGUGAAGAACUCAUGGGGAGCUGAAUGGGGAGAAAAAGGAUACAUUAGAAUGCAGCGCAAGGUUGACGCUGAAGAGGGGUUGUGUGGUAUAGCAAUGCAACCCUCCUACCCCAUCAAGACUUCAAGCAACCCUACAGGGUCUCCUGCAGCCACACCUAAGGAUGAACUCUAAGUUAAAUGCACACAGCCUCAUCUGUGCUUAUUUUAGUCUUUACAAAAGUAUUAGGCAUCUACUAGGAAAGAUGUCAAUUUACAUAAGAUACACUUAACUUCAUGUUGUCAAUUUGUAGACUGCAUUUUGGAAUUUGAUUUGAUUAAGUUCAUCUACUAAA